CCCCGUCCCACCCCGCCCCGGUUCGCCCCGCUGCAGGGCUACACCUCGUUCUGGAAUGACUGUAUCUCAGCGGGACUGCGAGGCUGCAUCCUGGUGGAACUGGCCCUGAGGGGGCGAAUACAACUGGAGCCCCCCACCCUUCGCCGCAAGAGCUUGCUCAACCGCAAGGUCCUCUUCAAAUCGGACGCUCCGACCGGUGACGUUCUGCUGGACGAGGCACUGAAGCACAUCAAGGUGACCGAGCCCACCGAGACGGUGCAGAACUGGAUCGAGCUGCUCACCGGCGAGACGUGGAACCCCCUGAAGCUGAAUUACCAGAUCCGCAACGUGAGGGAGCGGCUGGCCAAGAGCCUGGUGGAGAAGGGGGUGCUGACGACGGAGAAGCAGAAUUUCCUGCUGUUCGACAUGACCACCCACCCGGUGACCGACGGCACGCUCAAGCAGCGGCUGGUCAAGAGGCUGCAGGACGCCUUCCUGGGCAAGUGGGUGCGUGAGCCCCAGCGCAUGGACAAGCGCCUGCUGGCCCUGGCCCUCCUGGCCCACAGCGCGGACGUGCUGGAGAACGCCUUUGUGCCACUGACGGACGACCAGUACGAACUGGCCACUAGCCGCUCGCGCGAGCUGCUGGAGCUCAACCCGGACGCGGAGUCCGCCAAGCCCAACGCCAACGAGAUGGUCUGGGCCGUAAUGGCCGCAUUCACCAAGUAGCCUCUUUUCCCCCACCCCGCCCUCGCGCGCGCGCGCGCUCUUGGCCGUCUCUGCCGCCCAGUGGCAGAGUCUGGGAUUGCGGGUCUUUGGGUGUUUUUUUUUUGUGGUGCCAUUUUGUGGGGGGAAAGUGGACCUCGUGCUGAUUGUCGUCUCCGCCGCCUGGAGGAGGAGUCUGGGAUUGCGGGGGGUGUUUUUUUUGGUGCUGGGAGUGGGGCCACGUUGUUACUGGAGGGGGGGUGGGGGGGCGUAGGUGGGGUUCAAUUGAUUCCACAACGUACGGCCCCUCCUAUCCCCCACUCAUUUCCCUCCCUCGCGCUGGACCGAGGGACAACCCGGGGGUAUAAUGUAAGAAUAGAUUUGCCUUGCUAAGCCACUUGAAGGCUUCACUUUUAUCUCUUUUUUUUUCCCUUUCACCAGCCUUGCGCCCUCACCCCCCCCCCCCCCAACUAAACCAAACCCUGCUCUUUCUGAGUUGACCAUCCAGCAAUUGAUGUCAACUCGGGUGGUGGCCAUCUUUGUUGCUGGUGUCAUCUGGAAUGGUGGCCAUUUUUGAUGCUGGUGUCACCGGGGAUGGUGGCCAUCUUUGAUGCUGGUGUCACCUCAGAUGGCAGACAUUUUUGAUGCUGGUAUCACCUGGGAUGGUGGCCAUCUUUGUCGUCAACUGGAGGGAGGGGGCGGCCAUCUUUGUCGUCAACUGGAGGGUGGCCAUCUUCAAUGGCAACACUGCAAUACUCAGGCGUACACACACCACCCUCCGCCCACCCCUCCACCCUUCAUGGCAGGGUGCCAUAGUGCAGAGGCCGUAUAUCAGGACCUUCCUCUCUCACUCCUGUGAUGCUUCCCCUCGGACCAUGCCCUGUCCACCCUUUGAUGCCUCGGGUUGUGGGGAACAAUGAUUAAAACUCUUCACAUUUCGCAGCGAGUCCUCAUCUGAUGCCUUCCGAUGAUCAUUACUGUUGAGUGAGGUGCGAUUUCAUUAUGAAUGCAGAUUUUUCUUC